AUGGCUCGGUCGACGUGCCUGUGCGUCUUGAUGGCGCUUGUGCUUGUGAACAUCCUCGCCGGUGGCUGCAGCACCGGCGCGUAUGCGUUUCGGUUCAGCGUAGUGCCGGGUAAGGUAAAAUGCUUCACGAGUGAGCAGCCGGAGGGUGGUCGCUACGAGCUGCGCUACCGCAUGGUGCGAAGCCUCACACCCUUUGUCUCCGUCGCAGUCACGUCGCGCGGCGGCCGCGUGCUGAUGGAGCAUGAGCUGGCGAAACCGGACGCGAAGGAGAUCGUCUCCUUGGGCAAAGACAGUCUCAUCUCCAUUUGCUUUCACACGUCCGAGAAGGCGGCGAAGGCAGCGGUCUCCACCAACGUGACACUCGACAUAGUCGAUGCCGAGGAUGCCGAGCUGACGCGCAUGAAGAAGCAGAGCUACAGCACGAGCAGCCCAAUCACGCUCGGUGCCGGCAAGGGUAGCGGCUCUAUGCAGCAGAUGCAGUACAUCUACGAAACGUUUGCCUCCAUGCGCAUGUGCUUCGUCUCCCUCACCCGCGCCGACGAGGAUAUCCGCUACUCGCUCAUGGAGGUAGAGCGCCUCUCAUGGAUACCUGUCUACAUCUUCUUAGGCCUUGGCGUUCUUAUGAUACUCGGGACCUUCGUCCGCCUGCACAUGUUCAUGCAGAAAGUGAAGAUACUGAGGUGA